AACGCCCUGAGAGAAUCCGAAAACCGAAGCAAAUGGAAGCUGAGGGUACAAAGAGCCACGAAAGGCUUUCAAGGACACGACCUUCAGCAAUGGAGUAUUCGACUAAGAAGAAGAAAGAUGAAGGCUUAAUAGUGUUAGUACCGUGAUUUAUGGCAGACUGGAGAUUUAUAACAAGUAGCACUUUGGAGCAAAAGACGGUAAUACCAACCCGAAUUUUUUUUACUUUUUUUCAACUAAUUUGAAAGCUUCUAGGGCUUUCCUAAAAUAUGCUUAUUAAUAUGAUGUUAAAUUCACAAGACGCUUGUUACUACAGUGAGCUACCUAAUCCAACAAAGAUUCUAAUUAUUGCGCAAAUUAAUAAGUCAAGGACUUUACAGGGAUCAUUCAAUAAUAUCCCAUUGUGCUCAUUGAAGCGACUUGAAUCAGUCCCAAUGACAUCACACACUAAAGAGAUACAAGUUUGAACUGACACUAAUUGAAUACGACGCUAGUGGACCGAUUCGCAGCGCCGACUGUUCCAAUAUAACCUCGUUUGCAGCACUCGUCUCACACACGCUGUUAUAAAAAAUAUUGAAUAAAAAUGAGUUUUUAUAUCGGUGGUUUUAUAUGCGCUCUUGUAUUGGCCGCACUGGUCAUCGUUUGGAUAGCCUACUGCAUGUUCAUAAGGGAACGUGCGAAGUCAGAAGACCUUCAAUACACAAUAUCGGACAUACAGCAUAGGAACUAUCUGUUCUCUCAAGAGCAAGAAACUCCGGUGAAAGAGAAGAAGCUGACUGCGGGAAUUUUCGUGUUGCCUUCGCGCCAUAAGCAAACCGAGGACGAUUACCGCAACAGACCGGAUUACCCUGAGAGUCCGCUGCCGAUAUCACAGCCGAGCACAGAUAAAUUAAUAGAAAUCCUUAAUGAGGAUCCUAAUGUUCAUUACAUGGACGGUAUAUGCGAAGACAGCUCUAGAACGCCAUAUCACAGCGAUGUAUAAUGAAGCAAUUAAUAUAACAACUCACACAAUGGCACAUGAACUGUACUCGUUAUCUACACCUUCCGAGAUUAUUACGUCUGAAAUGUACUUUUAAAACGUUUUUAAUAAAAUAAUAAAAAUUACAAAUAACAA